AUGGGGUGCUGGGGUCGAAACCGGGGCCGGCUGCUCUGCAUGCUGUUACUGACCUUCAUGUUCAUGGUCCUGGAGGUGGUGGUGAGCCGGGUGACCACGUCCCUGGCGAUGCUCUCCGACUCCUUCCACAUGCUGUCGGACGUGCUGGCGCUGGUGGUGGCGCUGGUGGCCGAGCGCUUCGCCCGGCGGACCCACGCCACCCAGAAGAACACCUUCGGCUGGAUCCGGGCCGAGGUGAUGGGGGCUCUGGUGAACGCCAUCUUCCUGACCGGCCUCUGCUUCGCCAUCCUGCUGGAGGCCAUCGAGCGCUUCAUCGAGCCGCACGAGAUGCAGCAGCCACUGGUGGUCUUCGGGGUCGGCGUGGCGGGGCUGGUGGUCAACGUGCUGGGGCUCUGUCUCUUUCACCACCACAGCGGCUUCGGCGACGACUCGAGCCACAGCCACUCGCACGGGGGGCACAGCCACGGCCUCCCCAAGGGGGCCCGCAGCAAGAGCAGCCGCGCGGGGGGUAGCGACAACGCCGUGACCCCGGGCGAGCAGGGUCCCGACCAGGAGGAGACCAACAUCCUGGUGGCCAACAGCAGCAACUCCAACGGGCUGAAAUUGGACCAGACAGAUCCAGAAAAGUCCAGAAAUGAUGCAAUGGAAGUACAAGUGAAUGGGAAUCUUAUCAGAGAACCCGAAGAGGUGGAAUUGGAAGAGGAUGAAGAUAAGACUGGACAACUUAACAUGCGUGGAGUUUUUCUGCAUGUCUUUGGAGAUGCUUUGGGUUCAGUGAUUGUGGUAGUAAAUGCCUUAGUCUUUUACUUUAAUUGGAAAGGUUGUCCUGAAGGGGAGAUUUGUGUGAACCCAUGUAUACCUGACCCCUGCAAAGCAUUUGUAGAAUUAGUUAAUAGUACUCAGGCAACAGUUCAAGAGGCUGGUCCUUGCUGGGUACUGUAUUUAGAUCCAACUCUUUGUAUUGUAAUGGUUUGUAUACUUCUUUACACAACUUAUCCAUUGCUUAAGGAGUCUGCUCUUAUUCUUCUCCAAACUGUUCCUAAACAAAUUGAUAUCAAAAAUUUGAUAAAAGAACUUCGAAAUGUUGAAGGAGUUGAGGAAGUUCAUGAAUUACAUGUUUGGCAACUUGCUGGAAGCAGAAUCAUUGCCACUGCUCACAUAAAAUGUGAAGACCCGACAUCAUACAUGCAGGUGGCUAAGAUCAUUAAAGACGUUUUCCAUAAUCACGGAAUUCACGCUACCACCAUUCAGCCUGAAUUUGCUAGUGUAGGCUCUAAGUCAAGUGUAGUCCCGUGUGAACUUGCCUGCAGAACUCAGUGUGCUUUGAAGCAAUGUUGUGGGACACGGCCACAAGCCCAGUCUGGAAAGGAUGCAGAAAAGGCCCCAUCAGUUAGCAUUUCUUGUUUAGAACUUAGUGACAAUCUAGAGAAGCAGCCCAAGAGGACUAAAGUUGAAAACAUCCCUGCUGUUGUGAUAGAGAUUAAAAAAAUGCCAAACAAACAACCUGAAUCAUCUUUGUGA